CGUCAUUGCCAGCCCAUAUUCAAGAAUCACACCCUCGAAUAUUCAAUUUCAAAAACUCCCCCUUCCAUUCCUUCCCUUUCUCUCUCACACACUCACACACUCCUCAUGAAUUCAUAAUCAAAAGAUUCGUUUCGUACGCGACGGCCCGACCGCGACACCACACACACAUACACACACUUUCUCUCUCUAAGACGCUAAUUUCUCCGAUGAACAGUUGAACGUUGUUAAGCCAAGGAAAACAAAAUAAAAUUAAUUAGUAUUAAUAAUACUCCAAAUCUCCAAUCCCUUGGUCCCAAAAAAAUCUACCUAACCUUCUCCUGAUCAACUUUUAAUCUCAUCCUUUUGUUCAAUCAAAGAUUAAAACUUUUGAUUAGUGAUAUUAUUAACGUAUGGACACACAAUUUGGGUUGUUUUUAUUGUCUUGUGAACCAAGUUUAUUCCUUUUUUUGAUUCUAUAGAGAUCCCUUUAUUCCUUAUUUCCCAUCCGGAUCUCUCUAUGCUAUGGUGUGACUAACCAAACCUCUCCCCAAAUUUUUUUAUUAUCAACCAUCCAUCCUCUUCUGUGCUUCUUUCUCUUUCUCUCUUCUCUCUCCUUAAAACCUUCCAUCCCUGUCAAAAAGGUUUAUAUAUAUUUCAUUUCCUGCCUAAGUCAAUCAUCUCAGACAGGACAGGGGUACUAUAAAUUGGAGCUUAGAAAUUUUAUAUAAAGGAGGGAGAAAAGAAUUAGAAGAGAGAAAAAAAAAAAAGAUAGGAACUUCACAUCAAUAUGACUAUCAUGAAUUUGAUCAACCACCACCAACUUCACAAAAACCAUAAUCAUCCUCUUAAUGGUAGUGGUGGUGGCUGCAGUGAUUACAACGACAAAAUGCAGAGAACCCAAGAUUAUGUUGAGGCUUUGGAGGAAGAACGUAAGAAGAUUCUUGUUUUCCAGCGUGAGCUUCCCCUUUGUCUUGAACUUGUUACUCAAGCUAUUGAAACAUGCAAACAGCAAUUAUGUGGGACGAUUAGCGAGUAUAAUUUUCAUGCCGAUAAUUGUUCGGAGCAGACCUCAACUGAAGGCCCUGUUUUGGAAGAAUUUAUUCCUCUGAAGAGGACGUUGUCUUCUGAUGAUGAUGAAGAAGAUGAGGAACAAUCUCAUAAGGCCAAGAAGAGUAACACCAGCAAUGGUAAUGAAAAGGCGUCAUCUAAUAAGAAGUCAGAUUGGCUUAGAUCUGUUCAGCUAUGGAAUCAGACCCCAGAUCCACCUAAGAAUGAGGAUUCACCAAAAAAGGCCUCGGUUGUGGAGGUGAAGAGAAAUGGAAGCGGUGGAGCUUUUCAUCCAUUUAAGAAAGAAAAGAGUGUUGGGCCUAAUAAUGCUACCACAAAAUCAUCUGAAGAGGCCCAAAAGGUCUGCGAUCGGGCUGCUGUCCCGGCGGCUGAAGCUAGUUCAACGGCGGAGACAGGCGGCGCCGGCGCCGGCGGGAGUGGAAAUGCAGGAAACAACAACAACAACAAGAAGGAAGAAAAAGAAGGGCAAUCUUCUUCUGGAAGGAAAUCAAGAAGGUGUUGGUCACCUGAACUUCACAAACGAUUCUUGUUAGCCCUUCAACAACUCGGUGGUGCACAUGUCGCCACACCUAAACAAAUUAGGGAGUUAAUGAAGGUGGAUGGGCUCACCAAUGACGAAGUCAAAAGCCAUUUACAGGUUCGUUAUUGCAACCUUAUCUUUCUAUUCUUCUUCCUUUCUCUCCGAAUUUCCUCUUCCCUUUUUAGAGGCAUUAUAAUUAAUGGAGUAGCUAUUUAAACACAUUGUAAGACAGAUUGAAACAAGUUUUGUAACGGUCCACCUAGUAUUUUUAUCUUUUUAGCCACUAUUCACAUACUGGGUAGCAGAAUCUCAUUAUAAACGUUACUUUUUACGUCUCAAAAUAAAAGAAGAUAGAAAUAGUCGUGUUUGUUAAAAUGUCUCUUUUUGAGGGUCGGAGGGAGUAAUUUUGGUAGUGGAGCAUCUCUUAUUGUGAGGAGAGAUAUCAAUUGAGAGCAAAAGGAUAUCCUUGAGUUCAAAAUGUUCCUUCACGCUAAAGAAGAAUCAUCAGCUGCUUUAAUUUUGGUCUCAAUUUGGGAUGUAACCGAUCUUUUUAUUAGCUUUAUUCUAGCUUUUUUCUCCUAGGCCAUGUCUUGUACUCCUUCCAUUCCAUUUUAAUAGCAUCACUUCUCAUUUUGGGAUGUUUCAAAACUUAGUCUAAUUUCUGACAAUUUAUUAACGUUUUCUAUAAACUCUUUAAUAUAUCCUUUCCACUUUUACUGAAAUCAAGAACAUUUAAUUAAUUUCAAUUAUUACUCUCUCAUAUUAACUAAUAACUCAUUAAUCAUUAAUAAGGAUGUGGUAGGAAUUUUAUUUAAAAUUAACUAUACAAACUAUAUUACUCAUUUUUUUCUUAGUCUUCGCGUAUAUCUAAGUGGGUGUAUUGAAUUGGAAUGGAAAGAGUAACAUUUUUAGACAAUAUUUCUUGUAGUCCAAUUUUUCAAACUUGCACUUGUAGUGGACCUACAAAGGCUUCGUAAAUGAAUUAAUCUGUUUCACUAUUAUGUAUCAAUCGUGUCAGUUUCAUAGUUACAUAUGGAUGUCUAAAAUCUUUUUUAUUGAUUGAUGAUUGCAGAAAUACCGAUUGCAUAAUAGAAGACCUAGUCCAUCUAUGCACAACAAUAACAAUCCACAGGCGCCACAGUUUGUUGUGGUAGGGGGAAUAUGGGUUCCACCACCAGAAUAUGCUGCAAUGGCUACAACCACCACCGGUUCCGGUGAAGCCUCGGGCGGAGCCAACUCCAACGGAAUUUAUGCCCCAAUAGCCACAUUACCUCCUCCCUUCCGAGAUCCAUCUACAUCGGGAAAGCAAAGGCAACAACAUAAGCAAUCGCAAGAUGAUCAUCACGACUGUGGCAGUCACAGUGGUGGUGAUCAGGUACAUUCUAACUCUCCGGCCUCCUCUUCCGCCACCGAUACCACCACCACCUCGCCAAACUACUGAUCCCUUUUGUGAAAAAAGUGUAGAAAAAUUUUGUUACAGGAGGACAUCCAUCCAGCUUGUAAACUUUGUAGUCAUAUCAUCAUAUACAACAAGAGGGAAUAUAGAGUUGUUUCUGUGCUUCUUUAGCUUCUCUGCUUAAUUUUUUUUUUUUUGACUGUAUUUCUCAUCUUGUCAUUUUGUGAAGAACCUCUCGAAUAAUUCUAAAUUGACAGUGACAGUAUAAUUUAAGCCAAGCAUCAACAUUUAUGCUCCCAUUGCCCUGG